CAUUCUUUCAUCUCUGUUUUCGACACCGCAUUCAUUGUGGGGAUUACGAGAGAAAUAAGUUUUAAGUUUCAAUAAAAUUCUUAAAAUAUAAGUAAAAAUGUUAAGAAAUGUGUGCAAACAACAAGUAAAUCUGUUGAAAACUUGUGCAAGUUUACAACAGCAAGUUCGUACAACAUUCAUUCUUAAACGCAAAUAUGAACCACCUCUACAUAAGAAGAAUCAAGCACCCAAAAAAUUGAGAGGCAGACAUCAUAUCUAUGAACUGGUUGAGGAUACCGCGACGAAGAAACAGAAAAAUAUUGAAGUGGUUCUGAAAACUUUCGUUGAAGGCGUUGGAGCCAAAGGUGAUGUGGUUUCUGUGAAAUCAAAUUUUGCCUACAACAAGCUCUUGUUACCCGGCUUAGCUGUAUAUAAAACUGAGGAGAACCUUGCCCUGUAUGGACGUAAAGAUAAUGAAAAAACUGAUCUUGAACAUAGUUCUCCAUUUGCUCAAAGGACUGUGAACAUGCUGGAGAGUUUAAAUUUGGCUGUUGUCAUGAAUAAAGAUCACCCCUGGGUUAUUGAGCCAUGGCAUAUUAAAGCAUCCUUACGCAAGGCAGGUUACAUAUGCCAAGAAGAAUGUAUAACUAUUCCCAAGGAACCAAUUGAAGGCCCUGAUCUAAAUAAGGAGGGUAAAGAAUUCUAUUGUACCAUUACUAUCAACAACUUGGAAAAAGCUCGCCUUAAAUGUCGAAUUCAUCAUUGGAGCACUGACCCUAGUGAACGUUUACCAUAUGUUUAUGAAUUUUGGAAAUUGCCCUCAGAACCUUUGUUUGGAACAACGAACGAAACCAACACUCAAGAAGCUAAGAAAUGAAACUUGUUAUAAACAUUACAAAUGUUAAAAAUUGGUUAAAAAAUAAAAUUGUUAAUUCUAAUCAA